GCCAAUAAAACAGAGAAGAAGUAGUACCGUCUUGCGGUCUGGAUCACGGGACUCUUGUGGGGUUUUGAGCUCCGAACUUUUACUUAUAAGAUCUGCAGCUUGAAGACCGGUCUGAACAACAAGAGCUGAACACUGAGAGCUGAAAGCCUCCUACUCUGCACAGAUUUUUACAUCAGAGCUGAGACUAGUUUCACGUUUGAGGAAGUAACAACUUCAGUCUCAGUUAUCGAGAGGAGAAAUGGCGCAGAAAGGAGUUCAGCUGGAUAAAGAAUCCUUUUCUUGUCUGAUCUGUUUGGAUCUUUUAAAUGAUCCGGUGACUAUUCCCUGUGGACACAGUUACUGUAUGAAGUGUAUUAAAACCUACUGGAAUGAAGAAAAGGAGAGGGAACAACCCAGCUGUCCUCAUUGUAGAGAGAGUUUCACACCGAGACCUGUGCUGGUGAAAAACACCAUGUUGGCUGAUUUAAUGGAGGACCUGAAGAAGAUUGGACUUCAAGCUGCUCCUACCGAUCGCUGCUAUGCUGAAGCUGAAGAUGUGGUCUGUGAUUUCUGCUCUGGAAGAAAACGUAAAGCCACCAAGUCCUGUUUAUGCUGUCUGGCCUCUUACUGUGAGAAUCACCUUCAACCUCAUCAUAAUGUGGCUCCAUUCAAGAAACACAAGCUGGUGGAUCCCUCCAAGAACCUGCAGGACAACGUCUGCCCCCGUCAUGACGAGGUGAUGAAGAUGUUCUGUCGUACUGAUCAGAAGUGUAUCUGUUAUCUCUGCUCUCUGGAUGAACAUAAAGGCCACGACACAGUCUCAGCUGCAGCAGAAAGGACUGAGAGGCAGAGAGAGAUGGAUGUGAGUCGACAACAAAUCCAGCAGGGGAUCCAGGACAGAGAGAAAGAUGUGAAGCUGCUUCAGCAGGAGGUGGAGGCCAUCUAUCAGUCUGCUGAUAAAACAGUGAAGGACAGUGAGGAGAUCUUCACUGAGCUGAUCUCUCUCCUCCAGAAGAGAAGCUCUGAUGUGAAGCAGCAGAUCUGGUCCCAGCAGGAAACUGAAGUGAGGGGCAUUAGAGAACUGGAGGACAAGCUGCAGCAGGAGAUCACUGACCUGAAGAGGAGAGACUCUGAGAUGAAGCAGCUCACAGACAACGAGGACAACAACCAGUUUCUCCACAACUACCCCGUACUGUCACCAGUCAGUGAGUCCACACACUCCUCCAGCAUCAGCAUCUAUCCUCUCAGAUACUUUGAGGAUGUGACAGACGCUGUGUCAGAGGUCAGAGGUCGACUACAGGACAUCCUGACAGACACGUGGACAAACCUUUCACUGACCAUCACUGAUGUUUCAGAACCAGAACCAAAGAGCAGAGCUGAAUUCUUGAAAUAUUCAUGUGAAAUCACUCUGGAUCCAAACACACUAAACGGACGGCUGUUACUUUCAGAGGACAAGAGAAAGGUGACAAUUCUGAAACAACUUCAGUCUUAUUCAAGUCAUCCAGACAGAUUCACUGAUCGUCCUCAGGUCCUGAGUAGAGAGGGUCUGACUGGGCGUCAUUACUGUGAGGUGGAGGUGACAGAAGAUAUACUUGGUGUAGCAGUUUCAUACAAGAAUGUCAGCAGAACCGGGGAGGGAUUUGGAGAAAGUCACAAAUCUUGGUCACUAGAUUGUGAAGCAGAGACUUAUGAACUUUGGCACAACGACACCGAAACCCCCAUCCCAUUUCCUUAUUCCCCCAGAACGGGAGUUUACCUGGAUCACAGAGCAGGAGUUCUGUCCUUCUACAACAUCUAUGAAGAUAUCAUGUACCUCAUGUACAGAGUCCAGACCACCUUCACUCAGCCGCUCUACGCUGGAGUUUAUGUUUAUGGUACUCCUGGAACCACAGCCGAGUUCGUUAAACCCGGUAGUUCUUCAUGUCUUUAUUGAUUUUUCUCUUCUUGUCAGAGAUGAACGUGCUUCUUUUGGAUAUGAAAGUCGUUCUUUUGUAGUUUCACCUGGGAAAUAUUAACAUCUUCUAUUUCAGUAUAAAAACAGAAAUAAGCCUGUAUUGUAAUUGUUGUUAACUGUUAGAAUGUUACAAUAUAGAAACACAUCAAAACUCUUUUCUUCCACUUCAUGGACUCCAACAGACAACCCACCAGACCUUCUUCAUAUCUGAUGUCAUGUCUGCAUUCACACUUGUUUCCUCAUUGAUUAGCAAACUAAAUGUUCUUGUUUUUCUAAAGAUAAAAAUAUUUUCUAGACUCGAGCACAAAGUAAAUGAUUUCAGAAAUGUUAGUGACCAGCAGCAACACAGCAAACAGUUCAGUCAAGCCUUCAGUUGGUGUAAACUAGUGUGUUGGGGCCGGUAGUCAUCGCUGCAGCUGCAGGACCAGACUAGAUCUGCAGAUCACAUGUUGUUGUCUAAAUCUGUUGAGGAUGUUUCAUGUUUAACAA